UAUAAAAUCAUCAUCAUCUUCUUCUUCUUCCUUCUGCGUUCUCUGAUCUCCAUUCUUCAUCAUGAGCAGGUCAGGCCAGCCGCCGGAUUUGAAGAAAUACAUGGACAAACAGCUUCAAAUCAAGCUGAAUGCAAAUCGUAUGAUUGUUGGUACUCUUCGUGGGUUUGACCAGUUUAUGAAUUUGGUUGUUGGCAAUACUGUUGAGGUUAAUGGCAAUGAGAAGAAUGAUAUAGGGAUGAUGGUAAUCCGUGGAAAUAAUGUGGUUACUGUAGAGGCACUUGAACCUGUAAACAGGAGCAUCUGAUUUCUGUUUCUUGUGAAUAUUUAUAA